AUGAAAUCUGGCGGAGGUGUGCUCUUGGGGGGACAGGCCUGGUGGUGGGCGUCACAGCAUCCCAAAGACAACGUUUUGCUCCAGUUCAUGGGCAAUAAAGUAUCCGGAGUGGCUGGGAUACACUUCACCGAGCACCACAUAGAGGCAGAGUGUGUGUCCGUGCAAGCCCAUAUCCCACAUUCUUGGAGAACCAUCAAACUUUGUAAGGAUUUUAUGGACGACUUGGAAUUUUUGCUACAAGGAGUGUCCGAGUUUGACAUAAGUGGCGGAACCUUUUCUGAAGCCCUGGUUCACGGGUCGCUGUCCUUCCCCAUCGUCGCCAAUGCAAACGGACAAGCUGUGAUCGCAGGAGGAUACUACGGAGAGGGGAGAAUAGUGGGGCGGGACACCGGAAACGACAUCUUCCGGGUGCCGCUCGUGUUGUUACUGUACAUUUGUUUACUACGGAAUCAAGCGACAACACGACCUGUGGAUCCGCUAUCACAGCUUUUAGAAGGUUCAAUGGAGGAGACAGAGGAGCAGUCAGAUGACACUCCAACGAGGAGGGACCAUGAAACCGAAACAUUCAGGCUGCACAUGGUGACGUGGAACGUGGCCACAGCCGACCCGCCUGACGACGUGACUUCACUGCUUCACCUCAAUUCCUCAAAGAGUCCGGACCUCUACGUGAUUGGUCUGCAGGAGGUGUAUUCUGGCCCGCUCAGAUUCAUGUCCGACUCUGUGUUUGACGACCCAUGGAGCCAGGUUUUCAUGUCCACUCUGGCCCCUCGCAACUACGUCAAGGAGCAGGAGUGUCCUUUGCGGCUGCAGUUGUGUGUCUUCUGUGAUCUGACUCUGCCCUGGACCGAGCUGCAGGAACACGCUGUGGCCUGCGGGAGUCGCACCGAGCCCUGUCCCGACUGCGGACGAUACGUGAAACUGUGCGAUCAGCAAGAGCACGAGAAAACAUGUUUGUAUCUGGACUUAGAGUUAGACCACAACGAGCCCAGUGCAUCGAGUGGAUCCAAAGGUGCGCAGGGAGAAGGGAAGACCAAAACAACACGAAAAUUCAAACAAAUGUGUAAAAUCUGCCUGGAGUCCAUCCCUAUAGAAGAAAUCCAGAAACAUGAAAUGAGGUGCACUGCUGCCCCCUUGUGGAACCUGGAGGACUCAGACUCGGACUCAGAGGACGAGACCCCCCAGGCUUCAGGGCUGGAUUUCUCGAAGCUGCGUCUCAAAAACAUCCCACAAACAGACGAGGAGAAGACAGAACACAGCACCUGCCCCCACUGUCAGCUCGUCCUGCCCUGGGCCACUCUGCGCUGGCACGUGGAGAAGUGCAAAGUCCACAUCUGCCUCAAACACAGAGAGACCACUGCGCAAAGCUAA